ACGGCUCGCCAGGGGCUCAUUCACGAGUCGUUCUCUAUGGCGUGAACUCGUCGAAUGUUGAAUUCGCCAGUGGACUUUUUUUUACUUCUCGCGCCGAAGAAAAAGCUCGGGAUCCGGCACGAUCGGCGGCCGCGUUUCGAAAACGCGGAAAAUUUGGAGUUUCUGAAACUUUUCCACCGUGCGGUCAAUUAACGCGCCUAAAAAAAAAAAAACUUCCCCCCGAACAGAGGAACGUGGAACGGAACUGUUUCCAGACGCUUCUCGAAGAGCCGCGAGGCGAGGUGCAGGGCGCGAAGGAAAUUGUCUUAGAACUCGGAGCCGAGUGUCACGUAAAUACAGCAAAUCAGUCAACGCUCGAGAAGAGACGCGAUGGCAUCGAUGCAGGACAGAAUGAAGCUGAAACGCACGAGCUCGAAUUGCGAGGCGUGGACAACGCGGGAACAAUUGUGUCUCGCGUCGAGCGUGGUGAAGUCCGGGGAUCAGAAUUGGGCGAGCGUGUCGAGGUCGUUGAGGCCGUUCGUAGAGAAGGAGCCGCCUCGGCCCGCCGACUGGUUCUCGCAAAAGUCGUGCGCCAUGCAGUACGCGUAUCUACUGGAGAAUACCGACACGCCCAAGAGGAAGAAGCGGGAGAGCAGCGAGACCACCAGCGACUCCAUAGUCAGAAAAUUGACGCAGGAGAGGAUAAGCGAGCUGACCCAGGCUCUGGUCCGCCAGAAGGAGGAGUAUCUGCGACUCAAGACGGACAUAAACCACCUCAAGUCCGACGCGGUAGGCAACGACAAGCUGGAGAAGAUGUGGCUUGACAUGCAGCAGGAGGAGCGCGAGACGGAGCAGAAGGCGCGGACUCACCUGGCGUGGCUGGCGAAGCGUCAGCAGCAACAGAAGCAAGAGAUGGGCUCGCCGUCCGCCUCGAGCUCGCUCGCGAGCCAGAGUCGCAAACACGCGGAAGGUGCGACGGAGGUGGCGCAGGAGCUCGCCGCGACGACGGAAGCGUCGUCGGCGGAGAACGACGAGGAGAAGAAGAGCAACCGGGGCGGCAAGUCGCCGUUGCUGACGAGUCUACUCAAGACCCCCAGCCCGACCACUCAGACCGUACAGUCCUUUCCGUCCAUUCCCCUGCAAAUGAGCUCGCAGACCAUCCCCAGUCUACGUGUGUCCAGCCCGAAGAUGCUGAACACACAGCUGGCGCAGAACAUGUCGGAGCAGCUGCAGAAAAUGGUGACGACGGCGAUAGCCAAUUCCAGCGGGAACGCGACAGCAGAACGGCCGUCCGUCGACGCACCCACGCUCUCUAGGCUGCUGGAAUCGCCGGCGAGUACAAAAAGGGGGUCUUUACCAAAUCUGCAAACGACGUCUCUCAGCGCGAUCACGCCCCAUGCGCAGCAACAGCAGCAGCAGCAACAACAGCAACAACAACAACAACAACAGACGACCGCGGCCGCCGCUUCCUCCGAGGUGCACCGUUUCCAGCUAGCCGUGCAGCCGCAGGCUGGCCAGAUUCAACAAGUGGCCGUUCACAGCGAAGCGGCAACCGCGACGACGAUGUCGGCGGCAGCUCCGGUAACUGCCGCCGCUCCGGCGAACCUGCCCGCGUCGGAGAGCAUGGUACAGAUAAUUAAUCACAUAGACGUGAUGCGGAAAGACAUAAUGGCGGACGUGAUGGAUAAGGACGAGAUAAAUGACAUCAUAGACGACAUCGAGGAGCUGAUAAAGGAGGAGAUCACCGGUAGCCCGCAGACACGAGACACGCUGGACACGAGUGGCCCGGCGAAGACGGCGACGACGACAACGGCGGUCAUUAGCGGUCUUGCGAGCGUGCCCCAGCAAGCGACGGAGGUUCGAACAGCGGCGGCGGGACCGAGGCCGCAGCCAAGGGACGUGGACGAGGCCGUGUCAUUGUCCGACUCGCCGCAGAGCGAAAUGGCGAUCGAGGAGAUUGACUCCAGUACCUCGAAUAUCGCCGAGAUCAUUGGGACCGUCGCCAUAGAUCCUCAGGAAUCGAAAAUUAUCGUCGCAGAGGCCGCGCCAAACGCGUCGGAGACCAAGUCUGAGAGUACUUGUGAUAAGAGAACGACUUUAACGGAGAAACUCGUUUCGGAGAUAAAAAUCAACGACGAAGAGACUGGUAAGACGGAGGAGAAACAACUGGACGUCGAGGCCAAGUCCGUGGACGCUGCGUCGAGCGUGGAGACCGAGGAGAAUGAAUCUAAGCUUCCGGACGAAAUGAAGGAAACGUUAGACGAGACCAUGGCCGAGGAGGUCGAAGAGGAAGACGAGGAGGAGGAAGAAACGGAAGUGACUGCGCCCGAUGACAAGGAAUCCGGCAGCGUUAAAGAGCAAAAGGAGCCUACGGAAGACACUGAAGGUAAAAAUAACGCAGGAUUAGAUCAAUUAGAAAUAUAUUUGGCAAAAAUUACAGGGGAACAACAAGACGUGCCGUCCGCGGAGAUCGUCAGCGUCUCUUCGGAGGUGACGAACGACCUGCCCAGUGCCGAAGAUACAGAGAAGUCGCAGGAUAUCAGCUUGAUCUUGGAGGACGACGAGAGCAGCCAAAGCCUUGAAAGUAAGAAGAAAGCAGCGGCGGAGGAACAGAUCAUCGAGAACGCGGCUGAAAGCGCCGAGUCCUUGGAAUCGUUCAAAGAGGAAAAGGAACAGAAGAUUGUCGUGGAGGUGAAAGAAGAGCCUUCGGUAAAAUCACAGGCGGAAGGCGCGAGCGAGGAACCGUUGGAGAUAUACACGGACGAGUUUAAGAAAGAGGAGAUCAAGGAUUCCUCGGAGGAUACUACGAGUCCUAUCUUGCGGGAUGCAGACGUCAAAGAGGAGGAGGUCGGCAGCGAUCCGGUCGAUCGAAACGAGGAUACUACGCGUGUAACCAUAGAGGAAGCGAAAAGCGUCAAGAGCGAGCCGGUCGAGACCGCGACCGACGCGGAAACAAGUAUUAAGAAGACCGAGAGCGCGAAAGUGAAGACUGAGGAACCAAAAGCCGAAACGACCCUGGAAGUUACUGGCUCGUGCCACAAGAAGAGCCCGCCUCACGGUCCAUCGGAGGAGGACAAGAAAGAGGCCGUGGAGGUGAAGGAGGAGAAAGAGGAAAAAGCGGACGUGAAGAAGAACACGGAGGGCGAGCAGAGCAUGAAGAAGGAGAUAGAAUCCACGGUCGGGGAAGAAGCCGGGGAAUUGGACGAGGAGGAGUCCUCGUUGAGCAAACUGAACAGCGGCCGGGCGAUGAAGACGUAUUCCAAGAAGCAGAACGUCGCUGUGGACAGCGAGCCGGAGAACGAGGGCACCGGGGAGGGCGCGGAUUAUCGCGCUUGGAAGAAAGCGGUCAUGCUCGUCUACAAUCGUCUGGCCACGCACAAGUACGCGUCGGUGUUUCUCAGGCCGAUCACGGAGGACCAGGCACCCGGCUAUCACUCGGUCAUCUUCCGACCGAUGGACCUGUCGACCGUCAAAAAGAACAUCGACAACGGCACGAUCAGGUCGACCAUGCACUUUCAGAGAGACGUCAUGGUGAUGUUCCAAAACGCGAUUAUGUACAACAAGCACGACACGUUCAUCUACAAAAUGGCAGUCUCGAUGCAGGAGGAGUGCUUGCAACAUAUGCAGAUAUUGGUACAAGCAACGGGAGAAGGAACGUUUCGGAGAGAGACCAGGACCGCUGCAAGCAGCAGCAGCGAGGCGAUCGAGAUCAGCCUUAAGCGGAAACGAAGUCACAUCACUCCGAGUCCCCACGAUACCGACAGUCCGCGCUCGAAAAAGCGCAGAAAGUCUGAGAACGACUAGGCCGCGUUAACGAGUUGUACAGAUGUAAAGAUACUCUCGUGCGUGAAAGCACUUGAGAGCGAAAGAACGGAAUGUAGGAACGGAGAGACGGAAAGAGACAUAUAUUUUUCAGGCAAUGACAAAGUACAUGCGUCGUGUACGAGGACAAGCCAUUCCCAAAGCUUGAGAGAAGUUCAUUUGUGAUAAUCAUUGUAUAAAGUCAAUAGAUCUCCCUCGUAUUUUGUAAAGCUAGUUACGAUAUAACUAUGCGUGCGACAGCUGCGGUAGUUGUAAAACAGUAAGCUGUGAAAUUUAAGCGCUACGAACGUGACAUUUUUUUCCCAAUUAAAAUUUUUCCUUUUUGACUAUCUUUAAAUAUAAUAAAUUAUAUUAAUAUAAUUUU